AUGUCCACCGCGAAGCGACCGGCACAUGAUGUCUUCGGCUCGAGCCAGCUUGUCAAGCGCGCAAAGGCGGACGCGAACCUGGGAAACAGCUCAGCCGUCGCAGUGGUGAAUGGCGCUGGGCAGAAUGGCGCGCUCAUACAAGGGGGCGCGCGCAGCAGUGCACUCCAGUCGCCAGUCAUGGAGCUCACAGGCCAUUCCGGCGAGAUCUUUGCAGCUCGAUUCGACCCCACCGGCCAGUUCAUUGCCUCGGGCUCAAUGGACCGGUCUAUAUUACUCUGGCGCAGCUCUGGAUCAUGCGAGAACUACGGCAUUUUGACGGGACACAAACAGGCGGUACUGGAUUUGCACUGGUCGCGCGACUCCAAAGUCCUCUUUUCCGCAUCUGCAGACAUGCACCUGGCGAGCUGGGAUGUCGAGACUGGCGAGCGGAUACGCAGGCACCCAGGGCAUGAAGAAGUGAUCAACUGCAUGGACGUGAGCAAGCGUGGAGAGGAGAUGCUCGUCAGCGGUUCCGACGACGGUUCCAUCGGGAUCUGGGACACGCGAACCAAAGACGCCAUAACUUAUAUCCAGACCGACUUCCCCAUAACGGCCAUAUGUCUGGCAGAAGCCGGCAACGAGCUGUUCACAGGAGGCAUCGACAACGACAUCAAGGUCUGGGAUCUGCGGAAGCAGGCUGUCACCUACACCCUUCUUGGACACACCGACACGGUCACCUCGCUGCAAAUAUCGCCCGAUAAUCAGACCUUACUAUCGAACGCACACGACUCGACGGUCCGGACGUGGGACGUUCGACCAUUUGCGCCCGCAGACCGCCGCGUACAGACGUACGACGGAGCACCCACCGGCCAGGAGCGAAACCUUCUGAAGGCGAGCUGGGACUCGACUGGAGCGAAGAUCGCUGCUGGCAGUGGAGAUCAGAGCGUAGCCAUCUGGGAAACAAAAACGGGGAAGCUUCUGAACAAGCUCCCAGGGCACAGAGGAACGGUGAACGACGUGCGCUUCCAUCCACGAGGGGAACCAAUCUGUAAGUACCUCCGAAUGUUGAUACUCUUUUUGUUUCGCGUCCUUGAAGCCCUUGGUCACGGCUGUCAUCAUCGUCACUGUACUCUCCGGUGCAGCGGUUUUGCGCGCUCGGUGGCUGGAAGUGCGAUUGUCCGAACGACCGAUCGCUCCGACGAAACAUUUCUGCGAAGCAUCUCACCUCUCAUGGGUUGCGUGACUAACUUGGCAUUAUUAGUGGUUUCCGCCUCCUCAGAUCGCAAACUCAUGGUGGGCGAGCUUGGAAAAUGA